CAUUUCUAUAUUCAACGAAGCAUUUUCUAAACUGCUUGAAGUAAAGGAUAAAAGCCAAUGCAUCCUUCUUGAAGAAUUUACUUUAGAUCCAAAUGUCAAUCAUUCAUCGAUUUCAUUACCAAUUCCAUGCGCAGUAGACUCUUGUAUCCUAGCAACCGUAGACGCUAAACUGCGCCGUCAAACUUGAUCCUCUCGUGCGAUCAAAGCGUGAAUUGUAAUGGACGCGUCAUUCGAAGCGAAGUACAGACCUCUUUCUACUCUGUCUGUCUUCAGCUUUAUACCACCAAGACGGACAGAAACCAAAGAAAUGCGAUAUUUAAACAACACCCCGAAGGCUUCAGAAAUGUCUUUGUAUGACUGCAUAAAUCAAACCACUGAAGGUUACGAUAACAAACUCCACAGAGAUGACCGGACACAUGCUAAAGCCCGCGGUCUAGACAUCUUCAGCGAGGAGUCAAGCAGACCAGUUCCUGUUCUGUCUUCUUCUGUGUAUGGACGGUUUACACCAUCACAACAUGACUUGGGAAAGACAUUUGGUCGCGUCGCUCACAUUCGCUCGGACUUCUACAGCAAAAAUGGAAUCACCUGGACAGUGGAGGAGGGCUUUGGAUCCGUGACACCUGUCUGAUGUGCACUGGUUUAGUGGCGAUAAAAAAAUAUGAAUAAACAGAAUGUGUGUAUAUACA